AUGCCUCCAACUCCACUAACAAGCGGAGUUGAGGUUCUAACUCCACUAACAAGCAGAGUUGAGGUUCCAACUCCACUAACAAGCAGAGCUGAGGUUCCAACUCCACUAGCAAGCAGAGUUGAGGUUCCAACUCCACUAACAAGCAGAGCUGAGGUUCCAACUCCACUAACAAGCAGAGUUGAGGUUCCAACUCCACUAGCAAGCACAGUUGAGGUUCCAACUCCACUAACAGGCAGAGUUGAGGUUCCAACUCCACUAACAAGCAGAGCUGAGGUUCCAACUCCACUAGCAAGCAGAGUUGAGGUUCCAACUCCACUAACAAGCAGAGUUGAGGUUCCAACUCCACUAGCAAGCACAGUUGAGGUUCCAACUCCACUAACAAGCAGAGCUGAGGUUCCAACUCCACUAACAAGCAGAGUUGAGGUUCCAACUCCACUAGCAAGCACAGUUGAGGUUCCAACUCCACUAACAAGCAGAGCUGAGGUUCCAACUCCACUAACAAGCAGAGUUGAGGUUCCAACUCCACUAGCAAGCACAGUUGAGGUUCCAACUCCACUAACAGGCAGAGUUGAGGUUCCAACUCCACUAACAAGCAGAGCUGAGGUUCCAACUCCACUAGCAAGCAGAGUUGAGGUUCCAACUCCACUAACAAGCAGAGCUGAGGUUCCAACUCCACUAACAAGCAGAGCUGAGGUUCCAACUCCACUAGCAAGCAGAGUUGAGGUUCCAACUCCACUAACAAGCAGAGUUGAGGUUCCAACUCCUCUAACAAGCAGAGUUGAGGUUCCAACUCCACUAACAAGCAGAGCUGAGGUUCCAACUCCACUAGCAAGCAGAGUUGAGGUUCCAACUCCACUAGCAAGCAGAGUUGAGGUUCCAACUCCACUAACAAGCAGAGCUGAGGUUCCAACUCCUCUAACAAGCAGACUUGAGGUUCCAACUCCACUAACGAGCAGAGUUGAGGUUGGCCAUCACAUUUGCUGA